CCGCUAUGGCUGCGCUGCGGAAGCUUCUGCGGCCGCCGCCUCGGCUUCCGCCUCCGCCCUCGCCUCCCCAUCCCUUCCCUGGGCCGUGCGGGCGGCCUGUGGGCAUAGCCCAGGGCCCUCCCGGCCGGCCCCUCUGCCGGGAGGAGGAAGAGGGGGCUGUGGCUGAGGCGGCUUGGAGGCGGCGGCGGCGCUGGGGGGAGCUGAGCAUCGCGGCCGCGGCCGGCGGGGGUCUGGUCGGCCUGGUGUGCUACCAGCUGUAUGGGGACCCCAGGGCCGACUCCGCGCCGGCGCCGGCCCCCUGGCUCCCCUCCAAGAGCGCGGCCGCAGAGCCGGAGGAACCGCCCCGCGGCCGGGGGCUGCUUCCCAUCCCGGUCGCCGCUGCCAAGGAGACGGUUGCUGUUGGCAGAACAGACAUUGAAGACCUAGAUCUCUAUGCAACAUCUCGGGAAAGGCGAUUUCGUUUGUUUGCUUCUGUAGAAUGUGAAGGGCAGUUAUUCAUGACUCCAUAUGAUUUUAUUUUGGCUGUUACAACAGAUGAGCCCAAAUUUGCUAAAACAUGGAAGUCACUUUCCAAGCAGGAAUUAAAUCAAAUGCUAUCAGAAACACCACCAGUUUGGAAAGGAUCAUCAAAGCUAUUUCGAAAUCUUAAAGAAAGAGGUGUGAUUUCUUACACAGAAUAUCUUUUUCUUUUAUGUAUUUUAACAAAGCCACAUGCAGGUUUUAGAAUCGCUUUCAACAUGUUUGACACCGAUGGCAAUGAGAUGGUAGAUAAAAAGGAGUUUUUGGUGCUUCAAGAAAUAUUCAGGAAAAAAAAUGAAAAGAGAGAAACUAAAGGAGAUGAAGAAAAGCGUGCAAUGCUGCGUCUUCAACUUUAUGGAUACCAUUCUCCUACUAAUAGUGUACUUAAAACAGAUGCUGAGGAACUUGUCUCCAGAAGCUAUUGGGAUACACUGAGACGUAAUACAAGCCAAGCACUCUUUUCAGACCUCGCAGAGCGUGCUGAUGACAUUACAAACUUAGUAACAGAUACUACACUUCUUGUACACUUUUUUGGAAAGAAAGGAAAAGCUGAGCUCAACUUUGAAGAUUUUUAUAGAUUCAUGGAUAACCUCCAAACAGAAGUUCUAGAAAUAGAAUUCCUUUCCUACUCUAAUGGGAUGAAUACUAUCAGUGAAGAAGAUUUUGCUCAUAUUCUUUUACGAUACACAAAUGUGGAAAAUACAUCAGUAUUUUUGGAAAAUGUGCGUUAUAGUAUACCUGAAGAAAAGGGCAUUACAUUUGAUGAGUUCAGGUCAUUUUUCCAGUUUUUGAACAACCUAGAAGACUUUGCAAUAGCCUUGAAUAUGUAUAAUUUUGCAAGUCGCUCUAUAGGGCAAGAUGAAUUUAAACGUGCCGUCUAUGUAGCCACUGGCCUCAGACUUUCACCACAUUUAGUGAACACAGUCUUUAAGAUUUUUGAUGUUGACAAAGAUGAUCAAUUAAGCUAUAAAGAAUUCAUUGGAAUUAUGAAAGACAGACUCCAUAGAGGAUUCCGGGGUUAUAAAACAGUUCAGAAGUAUCCCACUUUCAAAUCCUGUCUGAAGAAGGAACUUCAUAGCAGAUAA